AUGUACUCCCUCAAUGCCAGCAACUUGCAGUUUGGCUUCAACAACAGCUCAUCAUUCUCACCUCAGUCUGGUGACCUGUUCUUGGUCCCAACAGGCAACUGCAUUGAUGAUAAUCCAAUAUUUUCUUCUUUGCAGCACAAUAGUCCCAGUGUCCUACCUUCUCAACAACAGCCAUUUACACAAUAUUUGCCUCAGACUUCAAUUAAUCUAGUUAAUAGUGCAUAUAUGCAGCAGGAGUCAUGCAUUGCCUUUCUGCAAGAUUGUUGCAAUGUGCUGGAAUGGCAUUUGGUCAAGGUAACAACAGAACAUGACACAAUCAAGAUCCUCUUUGACAAACUCACAAAUGUAGUCAACUCAGGAAUGUGCAAUCCAAGUUUACUUGGGAGUAACUUGCCUCUACUUCUGAUGACUGCAGGUGAGAAGCCUCCAAUGUGUGAGACACACCCAAAGGUGUGGUUCUGGACAAGAAAAGACUAUGAAGACUGGUUGGACUCCCCAGAGGCUGGAGGGAGCAAUCAUGGUCUAUAUGCAUACCUUGAAGAUGAAAACAGUGAUGUUCCAACCUCAGAAAUGCUACCCAGGAUUCAAAGAGCUCUAUGUGCAGGGUGGAUUGAACUUACACAGUGCAAGAUAGCACCAGAUACUUGGGGAAGUGCACAUACAGAGAAAGACUUCCCCCUGUUCAAGCUUGUGGAAAGUGGCUGGAAACUCAAGCAUCUGUGUACAAAGACAUACUUGGCCUGGAGAACAAAAAAUCUUGAUGACCAUGGCAACUUGAAGAGGACUACACAUGAUGUGAUCAAAGGAGAGGCUCUUGAUGAUGACAACAACCUCAAAAGCCUCCCUCCUGGCAGUAAGAAGUGCAAGGGGCCCAUGGACACUUCAUUAAUGCUGUCCAACAAAAAACAAAAAUCCACAGCAGCCUUGCAGCCCUGGGACCCAUCAGAAUCACUGAAGUUUGCAGCACCAGACUCAUCAUCCAUGUCCAUGUCCACAUCCACAUCCACAUCCAUGUUGACAUCCCUUGGUUCAGCAGCUUGCAUAGCAUUGCCAAUACAAGAACUACCUGAAUACCCUGCUGAGACUGCUUCAGCACAAUUGACCCCCCAGGAUGUGGGUGCAGCCUUGGCCAACAAGGAAAACAAUCCAAGCAUUGACAAUGCCAAUAUCCUGACCACUACCAAGAAUCCUAUUGAAUUUACUUGCAAUGGCUGCAGGGAAGGUCAACAUAUUGCCUGUCCCUCCCAUUGUGGAGAGUCCAUGACUUGA